AUGCUCGCGUUUAACCUCACCGUCCCUCUCUCAUUUGACUUUACGCAUCCUGAAGAUUACCUGAUAUUUAUUUUUCACAUUCUGUUUGCCACAGCUUCGGCUCUCCUGGCCGGUUCUGUGGUCAUCGGUAUCGUGAGCACCAGGGCCCUGCGCUCUCAGAACCGCUUUAUCUUCAUGUUAAACACCAGCAUCAGUGACACUUUAACCGGCUGCUCUGUCUUCUAUCUCGGCUUGUUUGAUGUCCAGGAAGGCUAUCCGUCCAGAAACGGCACAUUUUAUAUUUUGCCAUCUUUUUUAGGCGUGAAUGUGUUAACUUUUCUAUUUGCACAAUUUGACAGAUACCUGGCCGUGGGUUAUCCAUUCUUCUACGAGCGUCACAUCACGCGCGGGGUCGUGAUCGGCGUCUGUGCGCUUUGCUGGAUUUAUACAUACUCAAUUCUGAUCGUUCAAAGCGUGGUGCCGGUAGCGUUUGCCGCUCAAAUGAACGCGUUUGGAGUCAUAGUACUGCAGGUGAUCGUGGCCGUCAAAGUUUUGAUGACCAUUAAACUGUACAUGAUCGCCAGACAGCAGCUAAGACGAGAGGCGCCAAGCAACGACAAGGAAAGCAAGAAAGAAUCGUUGCGCAUUAUAGUUUUUGUGGUCAUUUGUUUUCUCACUUUGUGGGCUCCGUCCUUUAUAAACAUCUCUGUGAGGUAUAUGACCAAGAACGGACUGAGGUUCAGAAAUGAAGCCACGAAUGUGUUCGCCACCAUGGCGCGAUUUAACGCGCUCAGCACACCGGCGCUGUACAUUUGGGGAAGUCCAUCGUUACGCGCGGCGGUCUGGAACACCGUGUGGAGCAAAAUAUUCAAAAGGAAAACUAGGGUGGAUUCUGAACACGUUGACUCCAGUAAGGAAGGUGGAAAAAUCCUUAGCAUCACAAGGUGUACCAGGGAAACGUAG